AGGGAAGUCCCAGAGAAGUCCCAGAGAAGUCCCAGGGAAGUCCCAGACGGUGAAUCGAGAUGAGAGGGACUCUGGUCGCCCUGUUCUGGCUGUGCGUCGGCUGCUCCUUCGUCGCGGAGUCGUCGGCUGGGUCGUGUCUGGAUGCGGUGAUGGGCGACGGGAAGGGGUCGAAGGGGGUCUCGUCGACGUGCAGCGCCCUGUCCGGGAACGCGGCGAACCACGACGACGCCAUGGACAGUCUGCUGGGGGAGUUGCUCCGUCUGGACCUGGAGUACAUCCAGCUGGCGAGCCAGUUCUCGCGCGACUCGGUGGCGUGGCCCGGCUUCCACGGCUUCAUCCAGGGGAUGGCGGACGAGCACUGGAAGGAGGCGCUGGACCUCGUCAAGCACGCGGCCAUGCGGGGACUCAAACCCAAGAUCUGGGUGCAAGCUAAGGUAAGGGGGAAGGGGGGGAGGGAG